CCAAACUUUGCAAUUUACCCAUUAUAAAUCUCUCUGAAUCUCCUUCUUCGCCGCAUAUUGUUUGUUUUCUGAUCUAAGCUCUCUUUCUUCCUUCUUAAUCAACUCCGCCUGAGUCAAUCGCUCGCCGGCGGCCUUCACGGAUCCAGUCGGUGCGGAUUACAACUUCCCGGGAGACUGGCAGUUAAGAGAUUUCAAUAUAAAAGACCAGUCAGUUUCCCCAUUGCCAAGCCCAUCUACUCCAGUUCAAUUGGCACUCGCUGCUGGCUGCGUCUCUGCAACUUUUCCCCCGGUAGUCGCCUCAUUACCGGUUUGUUCCUUGAGAGAAAAUGGGAUCCUCAGAUUGUCAGCGCUCUAGAUCAGAGAGAUCUCCUUUCUUGUCCGACAAAUCAGCCAAGGUCUUUGUAGCUGGCCAUCGUGGACUCGUGGGUUCUGCCAUCGUCCGGAAGCUCCAGUCUCUGGGGUUCGCCAACCUCCUACUCCGAACCCACUCUGAGCUCGAUCUCACUCGUCAAGCCGAUGUGGACUCAUUCUUUGCUGCUGAAAAGCCAGACUUUGUGAUCCUGGCAGCUGCCAAAGUCGGUGGCAUUCACGCCAACAACACAUACCCUGCGGAUUUCAUAGCCAUUAAUCUCCAGAUCCAGACCAACGUCAUCGACUCUGCUUACAAGCAUGGAGUCAAGAAGCUCCUCUUUCUGGGCUCAUCCUGCAUCUACCCGAAACUGGCCCCUCAGCCUAUCCCGGAAGAGGCUUUGCUCACAGGGCCUUUAGAGCCGACGAACGAGUGGUAUGCGGUGGCCAAGAUCGCUGGCAUCAAGAUGUGUCAGGGUUACAGGGUUCAGUACAGCUGGGAUGCAAUCUCUGGGAUGCCAACGAACUUGUACGGACCCAACGACAAUUUCCACCCUGAGAAUUCACACGUCUUGCCAGCAUUGAUGAGGAGGUUUCACGAGGCGAAGGUGAAUGGCGCGAAGGAAGUGGUGGUGUGGGGGACGGGGAGCCCGUUGAGGGAGUUCCUUCAUGUGGAUGAUUUGGCUGAGGCGGUGGUUUUUAUGAUGGAGGAGUACAGUGGGUUGGAGCAUCUCAAUGUUGGGAGUGGGAAGGAAGUGAGCAUUAAGGAGCUUGCAGAGUUGGUGAAGGAAGUUGUUGGGUUUGAAGGGGAACUCGUUUGGGACAGCUCGAAGCCAGAUGGAACUCCGAGGAAGUUGAUGGAUAGCUCGAAGCUGCUGGGAAUGGGUUGGAAGCCGAAGGUUUCGCUUAGGGAUGGCCUGGUUGAUACUUACAAGUGGUACACAGCCAAUGCAGUAACCAAGCAAUGAUGGGAGGUACAAUUUGACAUAUUCUGCUCUGAGACUUGUUACCACAACAUUUUGACGGCCAUUUUAUCUUAGAAAUACUACAUUCGAGAUUUAUGUAAUGGGUUGAUGUUCAGCAUAAUUAUAUCAGGUGGAAAAGGUUUUGUGUUAUUGUGUUUGUGAUGGAGAUUGAGCUGCUGCUGCUAUGUGGUAGAUCAGAAAAAAAGUAUGUCCUUUGACUCCUUUUAGUGCUAUUGUAUCGUUCUAUUAAUCUAAAUAAUAAUAAUAAUGGUUCUCAUUCGUUUCGUUGAGCAUAUAGUUGGUGAAUUAGGACAAUUAAUCAGCUGUUGUCGUGAUUGGAAUUGAGGUAGCAAAAGAAAAUCAUGAAGCACAAAUGCUGCAGAAUAGGUUACUGUGUCCAAGUAUGUGGCUUAAUUUGGUCUCUCGGUGUAAUAGAUGAAUGAGCAGCAGCAGCUGAGGAUUGAACCAGAAGAGAAGUGCAGGAAGCAGCUGCUGCAGGCUGAAGAUGUUUGCAACCGAGGAUCACUAGCCCAGGAGAAACGGCGGCGUUUUGCUCUAAUCCGGAAAGCUGCUUUGGAGCAAAACGGAGACGUUUCAUCAAUAGAAGACAGCGAUGGCUUAAUACGAUGUCGUCCUUCUUAGUUCGUUGAUUGCAAGUUUAAUUGUGUCUUGUGGACACGUGCUUUUGUUUUAUUGGUUGUUUUCAUUAGUUAGUUAAUACUGUAGAUUAGCCGUUAGUUUCCACUUUCCUCUGUAAAGGCUGUUGGGUAUAUAUUGAGAAAUGCA